GCGGUGUGCGCGUCGAGAGACGGGGCGUACGUCGCGAGCGGGUCGGCGAGCGGGACGUGCGCGGUGUGGGAAGCGCGGAGCGGGCGGUUGCUCGCGAGGUUUAAAGCGCACUUUAAGGGCGUGACGACGAUGACGUUCACGCCUUGCGGAAGCGCGCUGGUGACGGGAGGAGAGGAUGGGGCGGUGCACGCGUGGAGGGUGAGCGCGCUAGACGGCAUGGUGGCGCUCGUCGGGCACUCGAAGAAGCUCGUGAGCGUGCGGUGCUCGAGCGACGGCAACUCCAUCAUCUCCGCGAGCGAAGACGGUACCGCGCGCGUGUGGGACGUCGCGUCU